GUAGUGAUUUGGAUGGUCCCUUGUACGUGAUUCGAAUCCCUGGUCACCUAUGCACUUACCCUGUGUUUCACGCCUCAAAGCUUGCACCUUUCGUUGAGAAAACAAUUCCCAUCAAGGAGAUCAAUGCUGCCCCCAACCAUGGAUGGUCACGUGGACGUUGACAAUAUCCUGGAACAUAGAGACAUGCUUGUUCCCAAGCCAGCUGGCCGAGGAAGACCACCUAAACGUGUGAGAGACUAUAGGAUUGACAAGGACAACGACGACGAAGAUCCCAACGCGAUUGCUGAUGUGGCAGUCGGGAUUCCGAGAGUGACCGCUCGCCAGGUUCCUGGUUUGAACCUGCAAGACAACCAGGUCUUGUAUAUUUAUUCCCGCGCUCUGCCAGAGCCCAUCCAGGGACAGCUCGUGGCAGAGUCCAAAUCUGGCAAGUACAACUAUAGGCAGUUUUGUGAUUUGGCUCUCCAACGAGAGCAAAUGACUUCUCAGGUAAAAAAUUCUUAUGCAUCUGUUGUGAAGUUUGGUGGUGGAGCAGGAUCAGGCAAGCGGAUAUUAUGGCGCCAAAAGCGCCAAGACCACACCCUCGUCGUCUUUGAUGAUGAUACUGUGGAGAAGUGGCCAUUGGAGGCCGAGGGUGUGGCGAGCAGCAGUGAGUCUGGGAAGGGGGAAGUCACUGUUGCCGUGUUCAACAAGGGAGGACCACGACCACCAGUGAAGAAGAAGAAACCAUGCUCAUUUCCGGAGCAUUUCGGAAUUGCGGCCGGGAAGCCCUGGGAAAAUAUGAAGUUUUAUCUGGUUGGGAGGGAUAAAAGCAAGCAGCAUUGGAGAGUCUUGCAGCUGGACAGGUCCGACCGCAGUGAUCUUAAAAUCUUUGAAGACCCCAAUGUUUACUCGGAGCAAGGGUGCGCCAACAUGUUGAAGCAGAUUGCAGAUGCCAACAGGCCCAGUGUGGGAGGGCUUCAGCUUGUCAGCAAAGCAUAUGGAAUUGUUGGCGAGUGGCAAUUUCCUCUCGCAACGGGAGGCGGCGGUGGAUUGCAGCUCGUCACAAAAGCAUAUGGAAUUGUCGGGUUCGUGAAAUUCCUAGAGUCAUACUACAUGAUUGUAGUGACGAAACGGAGACAGAUUGGCAGUGUCUGUGGCCAUCCAGUGUAUGGCAUCGACGAGACACAGCUAAUUACAAUCCCACAUUCGUCAGUGAUGAGUGAAGAAGCACAUUCGAAGGCUGAGUUGAGGUACAAGAAACUCCUAUCUGGUGUAGAUUUGACGAAGGAUUUCUUCUUCAGUUACACGUAUCAGCUUAUGCAGACAUUGCAGAAAAACAUUGGCUCCAAAGACGAACCAAUCCCCUAUGAAAACAUGUUUGUUUGGAAUGCGUUUUUAACUCGAGGGAUACGCAAAUGCCUUGGGAACACAAGAUGGACUGUUCCCCUUGUACAUGGAUAUUUCCAACAGAGCAAGCUCUCCAUCUUCGGACGUGUGUUCGUCAUCAGUCUCAUCUCGAGACGGUCACGACAUUUUGCUGGGACACGGUACUUGAAGAGGGGUGUGAAUGACAAAGGUAGAGUCGCCAACGAUGUGGAGACGGAGCAAGUGGUGAACGAGGAGUCUGUUGGGGGAGUUGUUGGGCAGAUAUCAUCAGUUGUGCAGAACAGGGGCUCAAUUCCUCUCUUCUGGUCCCAGGAGAUGCGGCGGCUGAGCACGAAGCCUGACAUCAUUUGUUCCUUCACUUACAUAGACCCUGACGUGGAUAAGACAUGGCAGGAAGAUGACUGUCAGGCUUUUGCUGAUCUUUUCCUGUCUUUGCAAGAAAAGAAGAAGCAUAAAUCAGACCUCAUCUUGUUGCGACCCUCUAUCCUGGGAGCCAGGAUCAAAGGCUUACUAGACUGUGGGGCCACGCGGAACUUCGUCUCUCCCAAGGUUGUCAGCAAGCUGCACCUAGAUGGGAGAUUGGUGAAGUUGCAGCAGCCACUGGAAGUCCGUAUUGGGGACUCUUCUACAGUCCGAAUUACCACAGUUGUCAAGAACCUAUCGGUUAUCUUUGACAAGCAGGAGAAGGUCAGGCAACGCCUGAACUUCUAUGUUUUCCCCAAUGUGCCUUUUGAUUUUGUCUUCUCUAUGCAGUGGCUUGAGGCCACUAACCCUAGGAUCGACUGGUAGAUCCCUAGGGUUGAGCUCCCUGACUGUAGAGGGGACUAUCAGCCUUGUGUCUUGGCUGAUGAGUACCAUCCAAUCACCAGUUGUUAUUGUCUGAGAGCACAUGAGUUCUUGCAGCUCUCUCGCGAAACUGCCCACACACGUCUGUUUGUCUCAUAUGUGAAACAGACUGGUGUGGAUGUUGCUCCUUGUCCCUCACCGAUUCAACAGGUUUUGGACCGGUUCCCAAGCCUAAUGCAGGAGCCGACUGGACUUGUCCACCGGCAGACCCAACACAGGAUUGAGCUCCUGCCAGGUGCGGUCCCUCCCAAGGGUCGUAUCUACAGGAUGUCACCUGCUAAACUCCAUGGGCUCAGGAGACAGCUUGAGACCCUGACCAGCAAAGGCUGGAUCAGACCGAGCACUUCUGAAUUUGGGGCUCCAGUUCUCUUUGUUCCAAAGGGAAAUAGAGAAUUCAGAAUGUGCAUAGACUAUCGGGGUCUCAACAAAAUAACCAGGAAGUC